AAAAUAACUUUAUCCAGCAUACGCAUUAAACAAUGUCAACAAAAUCGUGGAAACAGUCCUGCCAAGCAACAAAUGACGUACGCGUUUAAAUUAAAGAUAAUCCAGCUACCUAAAAAACGAACCCAGCUAAUUAAAUGCCACUUUCGGCUAAAUACGUUGCCCAGCAUUUAAAAAAUAACUAAAAGAAAGAUAAGUUUAUAUCUGAUAUAUGUGACCUAUUCGGAAAAAAUGUGGGCGGUUCCGGAUGUGCUCAAGGUCACCACGGAAAAUGUCUUCGUUUGGCUGCUUCUCUUGUUCGCCGAGUCUAAAUAUGGACUAAGAUACCGGAGUUCCGAAACGUGUCAUUUUAAUCUACCUGGACUCGCAAUGACCGACGAACAGUUCAAGACCAUCAAUCGAGUUGUGGAGGAGCUGAACCAUGAAGAGCGCCGGAAACUCGCGUAUCUGUGCGGGGAUCUGGAGCCCGAAGGUUGUGUGGAGGACCUGCGGGGGAAGCUUAGCUCCCUGAUUCACGACGGCCGGGUAGGACCGCUGAUUCUGCUGGAGCUCAUGCUAAGGAUGCGACGCUUUGACAUCAUGAAGAGGAUACUGGGAAGAAACAGGCAGGAGGUGGAAGGGCUGCUGGAAAACGGCUAUGUGGUGUCGGAUUAUAGAUUGCUGAUGGCAGAUCUAAGUGAGAAUAUGGGUAAAGAAGAUGUUCGUUCCCUUAUAUUCCUCUUAAGGGAAGUGCUGCCCAAGGGGAGACAGGAGACUGCUACAUCCUUUUUGGACGUGGUGGUUGAGUUGGAGAAGUUGAACAAGGUCUCCAGUGAGAAGCUGGAGCUCAUCGAACAGUGUCUGAAGAACAUUCACAGAGCGGAUCUUGCCAAAAAGGUCCAGCGGUAUCAGAUGAAAGGUUCAGGGACACAUCAUGUUAAAAUGUCAGGCCCAAGGGUGGAACCCAGCCCGGGAAUCGCCCGUUGCCAGAUGGUACAGAGCUCCACCCUCAAGCUUCAUGCUCCAUGUCUGCAACCAGUCCGAGCUAACGCUCCAGAGAACAUUAAAAUGUCAGUUCCUGAAACAGGAAGACAGUAUUGUCAGGACCCCUUGCAGACCUACCGGAUGCAGGCUGUGCCCCGAGGUGUAUGCGUGAUCAUAGACUGUGUAGGCAAUGACGGCGACAUGCUGGAGCAGGCUUUCGAGCGACUGCACUUCAGCACGAUCCAGCGGAAAUGGCCGAAUGUGGUUGAGAGCAGUUCCUUCCUGAGGAUGGUGUCCGAGAGGCACCGUGAGCUCCAGGAAUCUGAUGCCUUCGUCUGUUGCAUCCUGAGCCGCGGUCAGGGUAAUAACCUCCUGGCCACGGAGGAGAGCGGCCCGGGGCUGAGCCUAGAUGCUGUCCGGCGGCUCUUCUCCGCGGAGGCCUGUCCAGGCCUGGCAGGGAAACCGAAGCUCUUCUUCAUCCAGAGUUACACCGUGAAUGCAGGUGCCCCAGUCUUUCAAUGGCACCAGGAUGAGGACCUGGAAACUGACGGACCCGCUGUCUCCACCCACGUGGAAUCCGUGCCUUCAGAUGCGGACGUCUUCUGGAGCCACUGCAGCACUGAACACCGGCAGCUGGAGGAGGGCACACAUAGCUCUGUGUAUUUCCGCACCUUGUGCGCCGCCCUGCUGAACGGGCAGAAGAGAAAGCGUCACCUUCUAGACAUUCACACAGAAGUCAACUCUGUUAUCUACGACUACAACCGGUACAACACGGAGAAGACCUACAGUCUCAGUCUACGGCAUACACUACGAAAGACUCUCUUCCUAACCUGAAGCAGAUCCGAGCAGCCAUUAGCAAUGUGAACACUAGUCAGUUCCUAAGCUAAUCACAUCCUAAGGUGUGUUCCUAUUAUACUAGAUCAUACUAAACCAAAGAUCCAUGAAGUAUAUUUAACGUGUAGAAAACCGCAUAAUAUUAUCUUUAUUUUUUAUCAUCUUUUAUUAUCUAUGUAGUUAAGAUUCAAGAAGUUUAUUCCUCAUAUGCAGUGCAACAUGCAGUGCAAUAUAUCUUUUAGUCACCGUUUGGCUGUGCAAAAAUAGAAGAAAAAAAAGUAAGAACUAAAGUAGGAGUAAAAAGAAAAUGACAAUAUAUACAUACAAUAUAUAAAUAUAUCAAAUCAAGUAUAUAAUGUAAAACUACAAUCUAAAAUAUAGUGCAAUGGGAAGAUGAUGUACAGACUGAUGAUGUAAAGUUAUUUGGGCAGUAAUGUGAACAUGUGCAGUGAAUUCCAGUACAAACAUACAUAAGCCUACAGAAGGACCACAAUUAGUUUGAAUUGAGAAGCCUUGUGGCCUGGGGGAAAAACGCUUCCUGGGUCUCUCUGUCCUGGACAUUAGGCAACGGAACCGUCUGCCUGAGCUCAGCCUGCGGAACAGACCAUUUGCGGGGUGUAAGGGGUCCUUAAUUAUCUUAGUAUCUCUGGAUGUGCAACAGAGGAGAUCUGACACGACGCUCGGCCGCCCUGAUCACACACUGCAAGGCUUUGCGGUCCUUUAGACAGCAGUUCCCAAACCAUACCGUAAUGUUCAUGGUGAAGAUGCUCUCCACAGCAGCUGAGUAGAAGGUUCUUAGGAUCACUGGAGUCACCCUAAAUCUCCUCAGCUGCCUCAGUUUGUACAGCCGCUUUCUCACACCUGGUGACCAGAUUGCUGACAUGUGAGUGCCAAGUGAGGUCCUCAGUGAGCAGAAGCCCAAGGUAUUUGAUGUUGUGAACCAUCUCCACUGGAACACUGCUCAUCUGGAGGGUUCAGGGUUCUUCUUGCAGUAGUCCGCUAUCAGCUCUUUAGUUUUUCUGACAUUCAGACUGAAGCAGUUGGACCUGCAUCAUACCGACAGGUUCUCCACCUCCCUCAGCCUUAGCAUGGUCACCUCAUAUCUCUUGGGCCAGGGUUGGAGUCUUUGGUCUAUCUCUGUAUGUGCGGAGUUGUGAUGUUUCCUCUGAGUACCCCAGCUUCUCCCCACAGUCCAGAAACAUGCUAAGAUUAAUUACAAUUGCCCAAAAAGUAGUUCUUUAACUUUAUUUAUUGAGUUGAACAUGGGACUUUACAAAAAUGUAUGUGAAUUAGAAAAAGUUAAGUGGAUUAGUAUUUCUGAAUUGCUUGUUGUUGUUGUUGUUGUGUGUGUGUGUCUGCUUUGUUUUUCUCCUUUAUGCCCUGUUCCUCCCAGUAUGGGCUCUGUGGCCCUCUACUGGAUUAGCAGGAAGGCAGUUCUCAGUUGUAUAACUAGCUGGUAACCCCAACUGCAAGACUCUCCCAUUAUGCAAGUGUACAGAAACUUUUUUUCAUGCUUUGUAGAACCACUUGCAAUAGGGAAUACACUUGCAAGAUUGUUUUUGACAAUCUUCAGCCAGCCGGGCAGACCUGCAUUUGGGCCGCUUCUCCCAUUCGUCCUUGCAGAUCCUCUCAAGCUCUCUCGAUUUUGGAUGGACCUCUGAAGGACAUUCAGAGGGUUGUUCUGAAGCCACCGCAGCCUUGUCUCGGCUGUGUGCUUUGGAUCGUUGGCAUGCCGUAAGGUGAUCCAAUGCCCGAGCCCAAGCUCGUGUUCGCUCUUCAGCAUGGAUUCUUCACUGACCUCUCUGUAUUUGUCUUCAUCAUUCUCUCAAUCCACAUCAGUCCCUUCCACUGCGAAGUAUCUCAGGAGCAUGAUGUUGCCACCACCAUGCUUCAUUGUAAAGAUGUAUUAGCCAGGUUAUGGGAGGUACCUGGGUCUCACCACACAUCAUCUUCAGACCAGAUAAUCUAGGAAUCCAUUAGUGAUAUAUGGUCAACUGCACAUACUUAGGAAUGGAGACCUGUUUAAUGGAGUGCUGUAGAUGGGUUUGUCCUUCCAAAAGUUUUCCCCAUCUUUUAACAGGAAUUCUGAUGUUCCAUUAAUGAGUCAGUUGGGCUCUUCUUCCCAUUACCCAGUUUAACAUUCAUGGCAAUGUCACACAAGAAAUGGCAGAAAGAAAAAUGAUUGGUUCAGAGAGAUAACCAAUCAGAUUAUACAGGAAGUGGGUUCAACCAAUCAGAUGUCUUAUUCCCACCUGCUCUACAAUCUGAUUGGUUAUCUCUUUGAACCAAUCAUUUUUCCUUCUGCCCUCAGAACAUUUUUGUGUAAGUAAAACUCCCAUGAGCCAAUUUAACCAGCUUUAUUCUUCGUUCCAAAUGUCUUCCCUUUGACAGUGAUGGAGGUUAUUACGCUCCUGGGAACCUUUAAAACGUUGGUCAUUUUUUUCCACCCAGAUCAAUACAUAUCAGUGGUCUGCAGACGGUUCCUUCUUCAUGGCUUAGUUUUUACCCUAUCAUGACCCAGGAACCAAGGGACCUUAUUAAGAGAGGUGUGCUAUUAUAAAUCAUGUCCAGUCAAGUGAAUUUACUACAAGGUGAAGAUGUUUAGAAAGAAGCAGGAUGCAUCCAAGCUCAGUUUGGAGUGUCAUAGUAAAGGGUCUGAAUACAUAUGUAAAUGUGAGGUUUCAGGUUUUUUAUUUUUAAUGCAUUUGUAAAUAAAAUCCUGAACACGUGUUUUCACUGUCA